CGUGGUUGUGUUGCGUCACGUGGUGGUGUCCUGCUCGCCCCAGCAUGUUUUUUAAAAGUACAUAACAUUUUUUUAGUUUAUACAUUAUAUGUUCAAUUUAAUCGAUAAAAUUACUCUUUGAAGGGAUAAUCGCUGGAGAAAAUAUUAUGAAUAAUGUGCGCAUAGUGGAAGCGUACGCUUUUACUGUGUCACCUUGUUAUUUCUUCCGCAGAGAAACUUGAUGUGCGUUUAGGUUUGUAAUAUAUAUUAUCGUGUUUACAAAUUAUAUUCUUUAAAUAUGGUAUUUCUCCACUGUAUGUAUUAUUUAAUAGUAUUAAAACCUCCCAUCCACAAAAAUCACCUUCAGAUGUAUGUUUCAUAAUGAGCGGUCGAAAUAAUUUGUUCCCUGUUGCGGCAGGGUUUAUUUUGUCGACGCACACAAUUUAACGCCAAUGCUCAGACAGAAGGGUCAUUAAUUUUAAGAGUCUAAAAAAGAUUUAUAUAUUUUUUCGGUAUGGAAGACAAGCCUUUACGAGUUCUCGCAUGUGGUGACGUUGAAGGAAGAAUAAAUGCAUUGUUCAACCGGGUGAACGCUAUUCAGAAAAAGAGCGGGCAAUUUGAUUUGCUGCUGUGUGUUGGAGACUUUUUUGGAACCUCUCCCGAGGCUGAAUCGGAAUGGGAAACAUACAAAUCUGGUGCAAAAAAGGCACCAAUUCACACAUAUAUUCUCGGCGCAGCCAGUCAAGAGACUGUAAAGUAUUUCCCAAACUCUGAUGGCUGCGAGUUGGCAGACAACAUCACAUGUCUCGGUCGAAGGGGCAUUUUCACGGGUGCAUCUGGGCUUCAGAUCGCCUAUGUCAGUGGCAGAGAAUCACAACAGGAACCUGCUCCCUCACACUGCUUUACCCGUAAAGACCUCAGUGCCCUGGUGGCUCCUCUGCUGUCCAACUCUAAAUUUCGAGGUGUGGACAUUCUCCUGUCUUCGCAGUGGCCUCGAGGCGUGUGGCAGUAUGGAAACAGUCCCGAAACUGAUACAAAGUAUUGUGGGGUUUCGACCAUCGCAGAUCUCGCUGACAAGCUGAAGCCCCGCUACCAUUUUGCAGGAGUGGAAGGGGUCCAUUAUGAGAGGCUGCCCUACAGGAAUCAUGUGGUCCUUCAACAGAAUGCUCAGCAUGUCAGUAGAUUCAUUGCCCUGGCAGGAGUCAACAAUCCUGCCAAGAAGAAGUACUUGUAUGCAUUUAACAUUGUCCCGAUGAAAACCAUGGACCCCACAGAGUUAGUCAAACAACCUCAGGAUGUCACAGAAAAUCCCUACAGGAAACCUACGAAAGAUGGGAAGAAAGAAAGACCGACACCCUCUUUGGCAGACGCGGAGGAGGAACCAGCAUCCCAGUUCUUUUUUGAUCUGGGGCAGAAGAAACCACAUCACCAGCAACAUCAACAUGGCAGGAAGAGACAGUCGGACGGGGACAGACCCAAUCAGCCCAAGCAGCCCAGAAAACCCCCACAGCCCACUGGACCCUGUUGGUUCUGCCUUGCCAGUCCAGAAGUCGAGAAGCACUUGGUCAUAAGCAUCGGGACACACUGUUACGUGGCUCUCGCUAAGGGUGGUCUUACUCAUGACCAUGUUCUUCUGCUGCCCAUCGGACAUUACCAGUCAGUGGUGGAUUUGGCAUCAGAGGUGGUUGAAGAGAUGGAGAAAUACAAGACCGCCUUCAAGAAGUUCUGUAAAAGCAGAGGCCAACGGUGCGUCUUGUUUGAGAGGAACUACCGCAGCCAGCACCUUCAACUACAGGUUGUGCCGGUGCCCAUGGAGAAGUGCAGUACAGAAGACAUCAAGGAGGCGUUCAUGACACAAGCUGAAGAGCAGCAGAUGGAACUGAUGGAGAUUCCUGCUCAUACAGACCUCAAACAGAUUGCUCCUCCAGGAACACCCUACUUUUAUGUGGAGCUGGAUACAGGCGAGAAGUUGUUUUAUCGCAUCAAGAAAAAUUUCCCUUUGCAGUUUGGCAGGGAAGUAUUGGCGAGCGAGGUGGUGUUGAACAUCCCCAUGCGAGCUGACUGGAGAGAGUGUAAAUGUACAAAGGAAGAGGAGGAGGAUCAGGCCAAAAAAGUGCGCUCUGACUUUGAGCCCUUUGACUUCACAAUUGAUGACUGAGCAGCACUUCAGAUACAUCUGACCAUAACACCAUCAAUCAUGUUUUUGAACUCCC